AUGACUAGAGAAAAGCAACUUGCUCUUGUUCGAGGCUCUAGCAGCCAGGAACUGUGGUCGAAGUCUCUAGGCGAGAUCAUCGCUGAGAAAGCAACUUCCCUAGGGGACAAAGAACUCGCCAUUUUUCCCUGGCAGGAUGUCCGCCUAUCCUACAGACAACUGGCCGAACGUGGAGAAUUGGUCGCGGCGGCGUUGCUAGGGGCUGGUAUUCACCAUUCGGACUGUAUUGGAAUCAUGGCUGGAAACCGACACGAAUACCUCGAAGUCGUGAUCGGCGCAACGUCUAUUGGAUGCCAUGUUUUGACCUUGAACACUACUUACAAGCCUUGGGAGCUCCGCAAUGCAUUGCAAAAAACUUCAUGCCGUGUUCUUUUCAUCGCUUCUACGAUUGGAACUAGAAGCUUAUCAGAACACAUUCAACUUCUCACUUCGUCAUCCGAAAUUGUUCGUCUGCCAGAUUUGGAACAGACAAUUAUCUUAGGAGGCAUUGGCAAUUCUUCCUUUGCCGGGAGUCAUCUUUAUGAUGAGUUUCUCGCUUUGCACGGUGAAAAAUUGCCCGACGCAAAUAUUCCGGUCGCACCCAAUGAUGUUUUGAGCCUUCAGCUUACGUCCGGAACUACUGGGGAACCCAAAGCGUCAAUGCUUACCCAUAUAAACCUCUUAAACAACGCCAGAUUCCUGGGUCAACAGAUGGAGCUUACAGGACAGGAUAUUGUUUGCUGUCCGCCGCCGCUAUUUCAUUGUUUUGGCCUCGUCAUGGCAUUCUUCUCCACGCUCAUACAUGGCGCCAAAAUUGUGUUUCCAUCAGAUCACUUCGACCCGGGCCUUGUUUUGGACGCUCUUCAACAAGAGGAUUGCACGACAUUACUCGGCGUCCCUACUAUGUUUGCCGCAGAGCUGGAGAUUCUCCAUGAGAAGAAUUACUCACUGACCAGCUUGUGUAAGGGGCUAGUAGCAGGGUCCCCAGUGUCACCAGCCAUGAUGUCCGAACUCCGAAAACACAUGGGGAUUGACGGUAUGGUCAUUUCGUACGGAAUGACGGAGACGAGCACGAUUACUUUUAGUACAUCUCUUCUCGACUCGAUUGAGAAUCGCACCAAGACCGUCGGUACGGUGAUGCCUCAUGUCACUGCCAAGGUCGUGAAUGAGCGCGGAGAUACGUUACUUCGCGGUGAGAGAGGAGAGCUAUGUAUCAGCGGAUAUGCGUUACACAGGGGGUACCUAAACAAUAGGGCCAAAACGGAUGAAGUGAUGAAGAUAGCAGACGACGGCACGCUUUGGAUGCACACUGGUGACGAAUGUCUCAUUGACGAGGCCGGGUAUUGUCACGUUCUUGGAAGGAUCAAGGACAUCAUCAUUCGUGGCGGAGAGAAUAUUUUCCCCAAGGAGAUCGAAGAGCAUCUCCUACGACACCCUCAAGUUGUCGAAGCCAGUGUCAUUGGCAUUCCGGACCCGAAGUAUGGCGAAGCGGUUGGUUGCUUCCUCAGAUUAUCAGAUGAUAGACCGAAGCCUCGCAAGGACGAGAUUCAAAACUGGGUGCGAGCGGAGAUGGGGCGAUCAAAAACUCCACAAAGUGUGUUUUGGGUUGGACCUGACGAAGCGUGUUCACAUAUCCCUCAGACUGGCAGUGGAAAACAUCAGAAGCAUGUGCUCCGGCAAAUGGCAUGCACUUUGCUAGACACUCAUGUUCAAACGGAAUAA